AUGGUGGGCAGAUUUGGUAGCAAAGAGAAAUGUAGUGACCAGAGGUUGGUCUCACUGCCCUUGUCUCACAUCCAGGUGAUCAUGAAAAGCUCCCUGGAGGUGUCCAGUAUCAAUCAAGAAGCUCUGGUGCUCAUGGACAAGGCCGUGGAAUUCUUGGUUCAGUAUCUAGCCAUCUAUUCCUACAAACAUGCCAGUGGAAAGAAGAAGAAAGCACUUAUUUACAGUGAUUUAUCAAAUACUGCAGAAGAAUGGGAGACCUUUCAAUUUCUUGCAGAUAUAUUACCAAAGAAGAUUUUAGGCAGCAAAUACCUGAAAAUGCUUAAGGAAGAGAAGGGGGAAGGGGAAGUAGAUGAGGAAGAGGAAGAAGAGGAGGAUGAAUAA